AUGGCUUCGACUAACAUAUUCGAUCUUACGAAUUCCCAAGAAGAUCCCGCUGCAACACAGCAACGACAGGAACUCGAAGAUGCCAUCGAACGCCUGGUCCAGACCUGCGGCCUGAAAGAGGGCCAAAUCACACUCAAUAUCGCACCUAACCGCACACGCGAGGGGCGGGCAGCCCAGGGCUGGAUCUACAUGAAUGGCGUUUGGCCCGGAGUCCAGUUCACCCUCGUCGCGUCGGGCAGCGUCCAGAACGAAUGCACUAUGCACAAAAAGUUAUUAGCGCAGCUAGAGAAGGAGGCGAAGUGGUUGAUCGCUUUCCGGGACGACGUGAAAUAUUUUACGGGUGUUUACCAUAAUCUGAAGAAUUGCAAGGCGUCUAUCGAGACGACAGGGAAUGGAACUGCGAGCGUGGUGUUCAAGUCGGAUAAAGAAGGUUCCGAUAGCGAAUUCUUUUGCGAGAUGCCUGGAGCGACUAGGUAUGAAUCCGCGCAGAACCUGAGGAAUUGGGUUGACUGGCAUAAGAAAUGUGGGGAAGCAGCUCAGAAGGAAGGCUGGCACUCCGAAGGACCCGGGUAUGCGAUCUGGUCGUAA